UCUAGAUUCGCGAUUGCAAUGUAGAUACAUACAAUUCAUAAGAGGAUACUUAAAAAGAAAUAAUAGGAUAUGAUCUAUAUUUAAUAUACAGUAUGGAGUCCGGAAAGAUGAUAACAAAGAUUGAAGCUGUGAAUCCAGAAAAUGAUCUGCAGAACGCUGCCCGACAUAAUUGGACGGAGCUAGUGGUUGAGGAGCCCAAAGUGAUGGAUCGCGGGAACUGGGGCGGUAAACUAGAGUUCAUCCUAACGUGUGUAGGGUACGCCGUGGGACUUGGCAACGUCUGGAGGUUUCCAUACCUCGCCUACAAAAAUGGCGGCGGUGCCUUCCUCAUACCCUACUGGUUUAUGCAGAUCUUCGUGGGAAUGCCUCUUUUCUACAUGGAAUUGUGUUUCGGACAAUUUGCCAGUCUUGGGCCUCUGGCUAUAUGGAAAAUCAACCCGUUGUUCAAAGGACUGGGGUACUGCUCGGUGAUCUGCUCUGCUCUGAUUGGUCUAUACUACAACGUCAUCAUCGGCUACUGCAUCUACUACUUCUUCGCGUCUAUGACGGACCCGUUACCAUGGGCACUGGGUGAUGACAUCAACUCUGGAUCUAACAUUACCAAUUUAACUAUGACCACAGGAGGGAACACAAGUAACACAUCCACAGUGCUGCUGGAGAAAUCGGAGAGUGAGAAAUACUUUUAUGGGACGGUGCUUAAUAUGUCUACCGGUCUGGAGGACAUUGGUGGCGUCCAAUGGCAGCUCGCUCUCUGUCUCUUAGCGGCCUGGGUCAUCGUCCUCAUCGUCCUGUCCAAGGGUAUCCAGUCGCUAGGCAAGGUUGUUUACUUCACGGCGACAUUUCCGUACCUCCUCCUGACGGCCUUGUUGAUCCGUGGAGCCACACUGCCCGGGGCUAGUGAUGGCAUCCGAUACUAUCUUACUCCAUCGUGGGAGAGGCUUCAGGAUUCUACGGUUUGGAGCGAUGCGGCCACCCAAGUAUUCUACUCUCUGAGUGCGUGUUCCGGUGGACUUAUUUUAAUGUCCAGCUUCAAUAAGUUUGACAACUUCUGUCUCAGAGACGCCUUGAUUGUGCCGUGUGUAGACUGUCUCACCAGCUUCUUCUCCGGAUUUGUCAUCUUCACCGUGCUGGGUUUCAUGGCGAAAGCGAAAGGGGUCAAGAUCGAGGAUGUAGCGACGGGAGGUAGCGGCCUGGCCUUUGUUGUGUACCCAGAAGCCAUUGCCAACAUGCCGGCACCGACCGUAUGGGCCGUCCUUUUCUUUUUCAUGCUGCUCGUCAUCGGCUUUAGCUCACAGUUUUCUAUCAUGGAAUGUGUGAUGUCCUCCUUCAUUGACGAGUAUCCGCAUGUCCUUCGAAAGAACUGGAGAAACUCCUUCCUGUUCCGGAUGGGCGUGGCUGCGUUUUUCUAUUUAAUGGCAUUGCCGAUGACAACACGGGGUGGUCUGUACCUGCUGGAACUGAUCGACUCGGCGGUGAGUGGCUUCCCCUUACUGUUCGUUGGUCUUUUGGAAUGUAUUGUCAUCAACUGGAUAUAUGGUUAUUCUAAAUUUGCAAAGGACAUACAGAUGAUGAUGAAACGGACACCUUGGUCUUAUUGGGCCUACUGUUGGUGUGGGAAAACUCCUCUCGUCCUGUCGGUGGUGAUUAUAUUCAAGGCGGUACAGUACGAGAAGAUCACACUCCUGGGGUACGUGUACCCGGCCUGGGGGGAGAUGUUAUGGUGGCUGGUCACUUUGUUCCCUAUACUGGCUAUCCCCGGCUGGUUCCUAUUCUACUACUGCAAGCACGGAGGAUGGCAGGUAUUGAAGAAGCUGAUGACACCACUUCCAGAUUGGGGACCUGCUGAUGACGCCAACAGAGACGGGAUUCGCUACAAGAAGAAAUCAGCAUUGAAGAUGGAAGUGUUAAACCGCACUAGCUCUCUGGGUUAUAGCUCAGGAAAUUACAAUGACGCUUUCAAGGACGACGAGAACCUGUCACUCCCCGGCCAGAACUUCAAGUACUCGUUACCCCCGGACUAUGAGGAUGCCACACACAUGUGAGAUACGGCAAC